GUGUUCAAAACAAUAAUGCAAUACACAAAUUAAGUGAAUUAAAUAUUAAAAUGCACUUAAAUAAUUUAAUUACCUGUUAUAUUUAUUAUUCAAGCCAGCAAUGAAUCCUCCAUAAUACAUGACAGAAAACAUCACAAUGGAGAAAACUUGUGAUGUAAGUAUUAAAUCAGAAGUAUGCUCUGAAGACGAAAAUAAUUUAGAGGACACAGAGUAUGAAAUUAAAGAAGAAAUUGAAGAAGAUUCAGAAUCCAUUCAUAAUGAAGAAGAUGCAGAAUCCAUUCAUAUUGAAGAAGAUACAGAACCCAUUCAUAUCCCAAUAGUAUCUUUUGAAGAUGGUGACAAACCAGAGGAAGAAAUCCCACCUCCAAUCAUUCCAUUCGACUUACAAAAUGCUUUAGAGAAUUCCUUACUCACCAAACCAGAGCCUACAAAAGAAAAACCAUACCAAUGCUCACAUUGUUUCAAACUAUUUGCCCGAAAAGGUGAUCUGAAUGGCCAUGUGCGUAUCCACACCGGUGAAAGGCCUUAUGAAUGCAAGUUUUGUGACAAAGCAUUCGGGAGAUUACAUGUACUCAAAAACCAUUUGCGAAUUCAUACAGGUGAACGUCCUUUUAUUUGCACAUACUGCAACAAAGCUUUCACUGAGCGCAGCCAUUUAACAAAACACACCAGGAUACACACCGGUGAACGACCUUACAAAUGCGAACACUGUGAUGAAACCUUUACCGCACAAUUUAGUUUAACACAACACAAACUUUUACCAAAUUCUAUUAAAUCAUUCACCUGCACAGUUUGUGAUGACGUUCUGCCCUGCAGGAAGAGUCUUGCUAGGCAUCUUCGAGAUCAUAGGAAGGAAAGGUCUCACAAAUGCUAUAUUUGUGGAAAAGGAUUUGCUCGGGUGGCUCAUCUGACUGCUCAUUUGUAUGUUCAUGCUAACGAGAGGCCGUUUAAGUGCACGUUGUGUGAUAAAGCGUUUAAUCGAUUGGCUAAUUUAAGUAGACACAAAAAAAUACAUAUGAGAGAAAUUGUUCAAAACGAGACGAUGAGUGAAGAAAAAGUAAGUGGAUAAAUGAAUUAAAUGUGUAAAAAGAGAUUUUAUUAAAAACUUGGUGUUUUUGUAUUAAGGAUUUUAUUAUGUGAAUUAUUUAUUUUAGUAUGUAUUUAUUAAGGAUGUAAUUGUGCAUAACUUUCUGCUG